ACGAAUGCUAGAAACUUUUCCAUACUUGUCAGAUCUCUGAUAAAUUGUGUUGCCGAAAAAAGAUGGCUUUUAUCGAGGUCUUUGAGAAAUUCAUUGAUCAGAAUCGAAAAAUCGCAUUUUACGCUGCUGGUACAGCAGUUGCACUGCUUGGACUUGGCCUUGGGUAUAACUAUAUGUGUAAAGAGAAGAAGUUAACUCAGGUUGGAGUUGUUUCUCAGCUGUUGGUUCAUCCGAUGAAGUCUGGGAAAGCUGUGUCGGUAGAUACUGCAGAAUGCCUGCGAAUGGGACUAAAAUACGGUGAACUGCAGGAUCGCCACUGGCUUGUCAUCACUGAAGAUGGACACAUGGUAACAGGCAGACAGCAGCCUCGUCUGGUGUUGGUUUCGCUAACUUCUGAGGAUGGGCAGCUCUGUCUCAAUGGACCCCAGAUGGAGGAGUUGAGGGUUCCUCUUCAGCAGCCCAAUAAUGCAGUUGUGGACUGCAGAGUGUUUAGUGUAGACGUCCAGGGCAGAGACUGUGGGGACGAAGUGUCUGACUGGCUUACUCGAUACCUGGAAUCAGACAAGAUCGUUCGUCUGGUCCAUUUUGAACCACAUCUAAGGGCCCAGAGGCCUUCAGAGAAAGAGCCCCUGUUUCCUAAGGAUGAGAAGGUGGCCUAUCCUGAUGCAGCUCCCAUCAUGCUGAUGACUGAGGCCUCUGUUAGGGAUCUGAAUACCAGAUUGGACCAUGGGGUCACUAUCUCUCAAUUCCGUCCCAGCAUUGUGGUCAGUGACUGUGAAGCCUUCACAGAGGACACAUGGGAUCAUAUUCAGAUUGGCAAAGUGGAGAUGAAGAGAGUCAUUGGCUGUGGAAGAUGCAUUUUUACUACUGUUGACCCUGAGACUGGAGUUAUUACUCGGAAAGAGCCACUGAACACACUCAAAACCUAUCGACUGACUGACCCUAAGCAGAAAACCUCACCAAUAUUGGGACAGUACUACACCAUCAAGAAAACCGGUGUCCUUCAUGUUGGUGAACCUGUUUAUAAGGUCAACUAUUGAAACGGGCCUGACAGGAUUGAAUGCAGAACCACAAUCUAGUGCGGACACAACAGAUAAUUCGAUUUUAAUAAACGUUCUUUUCAUCAUUUUCAUUGAAAAAGAAAAAAUAAAGCAUAUACAAUCAAGAUUGUUUUGUAAAAUGUGCUAAUAGCUGUAGAUUGUUCUGUUUAGAGGAACCUUCUAGGGGCAAUUGUUGUUCUUUUCAAAUUAUGAUACACCUUUAAAAAAUGAAAUUAUAUGUAAACUAUAGGUUUGGCAAGUCGUUUAGGACAUCUACUUUGUGCAUGACAUGAGUAUUUUUUCCAACAAUUGUUUACGGACAGAUUGUUUCACUUUUAAUUGACUAUAUCACAAUUCUAUUUGGUCAAAAGCUUACAUACACUAAAUUAACUGUGCCUUUAAGCAGCUUGGAAAAUUCCAGAUAAUGAUGUCAUGCCUUUAGGCAAUUAGCCAAUUAGCUUCUGAUAGGCUAAUUGGAGUCAAUUGGAGGUGUAUCUGUGGAUAUAUUUUAAGGCCUACCUUCAAACUCAGUCCCUCUUUACUUGACAUCAUAGGAAGAUCACAAGAAAUCAGCCAAAACCUCAGAAAAAACAAAUUGUGGACCUCCACAGUCUGGUUCAUCCUUGGGAGCAAUUUCCAAACACCUGAAGGUACUACGUUCAUCUGUACAAAUAAUAGUACGCAAGUAUAAACACCAUGAAACCAUGCACCCAUCAUACCGCUCAGGAAGGAGACUCUUUCUGUCUGCUAGAGAUGAACGUAGUUUGGUGCGAAUAGUGCAGCUUAAUCCCAGAACAACAGCAAAGGACCUUGUGAAGAUGCUGGACUAAACAGGUAGACAAGUAUCUAUAUCCACAGUAAAACAAGUCCUAAGUCGAAAUAACCUGAAAGGCUGCUCAGCAAGGAAGAAGCCACUGCUCCAAAACUGCCAUAAAAAAGACUGACUACAGUUUGCAAGUGCAAAUGGGGACAAAGAUCUUAGUUUUUGGGGAAAUGUCCGCUGGUCUGAUGAAACAAAUAUUUAACUGUUUGGCUAUAAUGACCAUCUUUAUGUUUGGAGGAAAAAGGGUGAGUCUUGCAAGCCAAAGAACACCGUGAAGCAUGGUGGUGGCAGCAUCAUGUUGUGGGGGUGCUUUGCUGCAGGAGGGACUGCUGCACUUCACAAAAUAGGUGGCAUCAUGAGGAAGGAAAAUUUGUUAGUGUUCAGAAAGAAGAGGAUUCAAUUUGCAGGGUAAUACACAGUUUAUUGGGAAAACGGGAGUUCAAGGGGUAACAGACAGAAGCAAAGGCUAGAUGGGAAAAAGUCCACAGUCAAUGACGGCCUCAGGUAGCAAAGACAAAGUCCAUGGAACGGCAACGCCCAGCAAAGAGCAGUCCGCACAGGAGGUCAAGGAUGAUGGCAAAUGAGACGGGGAGCAAUGGGCAAUGGUGGCAGGUGAGGCGGGGAGAAGGGGAAGGGAGAUGGCAGCUGGGAAGCCGGAGGUGGCAGGAAGAUAAGCACUGUCCAGCAGCCAGGAAGAUGGGGAGACUGGAGAGAAAAAAAAAAAAAGAAAGGAAAAACAAGACAAAAUGGAUCUGAAGGCAAGCCACAGGAGAUAAAUAAAAUAAAAAUAAAAUAAAUAAAUGAAAAAACCUAUUAACUAAGCCUAGUAAAAGAGUAAAUACACUGGAUAAAACUAAAAAAUCAAAAGGAAUGGACCAAAAUUCCAGAAACUUAUUAUGAGAAGCUUGUGGAAGGCUACCCAAAACAUUUGACUCAAGUUAAACAAUUUAAAGACAAUGCUACCAAAUACUAACAAAGUGUAUGUAAACUUCUGACCCACUGGGAAUGUGAUGAAAGAAAAAAAAGCUGAAAUAAAUAAUUCUCUCUACUAUUA